CCAGACCAGAGCAGGCCAGACCCCCUGAACCAUUCAAGUUUCCAAUUCUAAUCUCUCUCUCUCUCUCUCUCUCUCUCUCUCGCUCUCUGUCUCACAUUUGAGAGCUCGCUUCAUGAAUUUGUCAGCUGAAAAAGAAAAUGAGGGAUUUUGAGUUCAACGAUUCGUUUUGUUGACGCAUCUGAGCAAUGUGGUUCUAGGAAACGAAGAUUUGGACUGCCGUGACAAUGUUGAUGUUACGUUGUCGUAGAAUGUUAAAUUCAUUGGGCUUAGUCUUAGGUCUAGGGUUUCAUUGUAGUUUUUAGUCGAGGAAGUGAAGCUUUUGACUUUUUUUUGUUUUUUGUUUUUUGUUUUUUGUUUUUUUUUGUGUGUGCGAGUUGUGUGAUUUAUUAGCCGCGUCUGUGGAUAUAUAUAUAUAUAUAUAUAUGCAUCGGGAUGUGAAUGGAGUAAAAGAAAUUUGUGUCUUGUUUUUGAAUUUUUUUUGGCUGAUAAUGCAAUUUGAAGAAGCUCAGGAUUCGAAUUUUUACUUUAAUUUGGUGAUUUAUCGGCAACGAAUGCGUGAUCAAACAUGCCAAGCAUCAGAGCUCCGGUAACCAAGAAAACCACUACCCUUACGGUUGCGGUAAAAUGUAGGCCGGUAAGGGAGAGGGAACGUGGUCGUGAUAUAGUUCGUGUGAGCAAUGAUCAGGAGGUGCUUAUUUUGGAUCCUGACCUAUCAAAGUACUACCUUGAUCGCAUACAAAAUCGGACGAAAGAGCGGAAGUAUUCUUUUGAUUAUGCAUUCGGCCCUGAGUCUACUAAUUCAGAUGUCUACAAGAGAAGUAUAUCUUCUGUAAUUGCUGGGGUUGUUCAAGGUCUCAAUGCAACUGUAUUUGCAUAUGGAGCAACUGGAAGUGGUAAAACAUAUACAAUGGUUGGAACUCAACAUGAUCCUGGACUCAUGGUUCUCAGUUUGCAUACAAUUUUUGAUCUGAUCGAGAAGGACAAUAGCUCUGAUGGCUUCGAAGUUUCUUGCUCCUACCUUGAAGUUUACAAUGAAGUUAUCUACGAUCUGCUUGAAAAAUCCUUGGGUCAUUUGGAACUUAGGGAGGAUCCAGAGCAAGGAAUAGUUGUUGCUGGGCUUAGAUGCAUCAAGGUUCAAUCAGCUGAUAGGAUUCUUGAACUUUUAAAUUUGGGGAACAGCAGACGAAAAACAGAAAGCACGGAGGCUAAUGAAACAUCCUCCCGCUCACAUGCAGUUUUGGAGAUUACUGUGACAAGAAAACAGAGAAGCAAGUAUCGAAGUCAAGUUAUCAAAGGAAAACUUGCACUUGUGGAUCUUGCUGGCAGUGAACGAGCUUCUGAAACAAAUAGUGGAGGCCAAAAGCUACGAGAUGGCUCUAAUAUUAAUCGUUCGCUUCUUGCUUUAGCAAACUGUAUAAAUGCCCUAGGAAAACAACAGAAGAAGGGUCUAGCUUACGUCCCUUACCGCAAUAGCAAACUGACACGGAUUCUUAAAGAUGGUCUAAGUGGUAAUUCUCAAACAGUUAUGGUUGCUACUAUAUCACCUGCGGAUAAUCAGUAUCAUCAUACUGUUAAUACCUUAAAAUAUGCUGAUCGGGCUAAGGAAAUUAAGACACACAUCCAGAAAAACAUUGGCACCAUUGACACUCAUGUAUCAGAUUACCAACGCAUGAUUGAUAACCUUCAGAUAGAGGUUUGUCGGUUAAAGAAAGAGUUAGCUGAAAAGGAGUCUCAACUAUGCGCCAAACCAACCGGAAAAACAGUGGAUGAUGAACUGUCUUGGUUGAACAUAUUGAGCCAAGAAAUCAGUGAAAAUGUUCAGGAACGGAUAAACUUACAGAAGGCUUUAUUUGAGCUUGAGGAGACAAACCUUCGCAACCGCACUGAGCUCCAACAUCUUGAUGAUGCUAUUGCAAAGGAACAGGCCAUUGAGAAAGAUGGAGCUUUGGUUCAGGCUUUAAGAGGAAGGCGACAAGUCAUUCUUGAUAACAUUCGUGAUAAUGAUGAAGCUGGUGUCAAUUACCAUCAGGAAAUUGAAGCAAAUGAGAAGCGCCGCUGUGAACUACAAGAUAUGAUUGACGAAGCCAUUAGUAACAAUGGCAACAAAACCUACUUGCGCAUUCUCAGUCAAUAUAGGCUCCUGGGAAUGGCUAAUACCGAGCUUCAGUUUGAAGUUGCAAUGAGGGAUCAAAUCAUUUACAACCAAAGGGAAGUGCACAGAAACCUCUGGAAUUUGCUCAUGGCUUUAGGACUUGAUGAGAAGCAGACAUUGGAGCUUGCUGCUAAGCAAGGAAUAACUAUAGAAGACUGGACAACGACCCCCCAUUUGGAGUACUCAAACAGGAGGCAAUCACUAAAUCCGGGUUACGGAAGAUUUACACCCUCACGCUAUUGUCCUUGUGUUGGGCGGUCCUUUGGUAGAUCAUCUUGCAUCUUUCCACAAAAUCAAGAUUUCAGUUCUGGUUCGUUUUCCAAGGGAUAUUGGGACUUGGCUCACACAUUUUGCAGGGAGGAGCGUCAUAGUUCAUACUACUUGAUGGCUCAUGAUCACUCCCCCUCAGCGUACUUGAGGUUGAGAAGUAGUAGUGGGCAUUGGGUUGGUGGUGGGAGGCCAAGUUCGUGGUUCAGCACUCCUGAUAACCUUCUUAAUUUUCGCAAUUCAUAUCCACAGAUGAGAAGUCAGUCUUCUCCAUAUCAUGAAAGCUGCAUACUCACUUCAUCCUGUAGUGCUGACUUCUCCCAGCAUCACAAGGAUGCGUGGAGUAAUAUUACAAGGCGACAUCAACACAUGAUGGGUAAUAAUGUUGGAUUGAGUAGCAAUGAAGACUCAUACAUAGGAAUAAUGAUGAACCACGGUGGAUCAGCUCGAGAUCUGUUUGGAUACACUCCAUCAGAGCAAGGUUCGAGCAUGUUACGUUUUGACAACAUUUUUCCAAACACAAGAGCCUCGAACCGCCCGGAUGUCCCCCAAGUGCUCCCCUCAUAUGUUACUUCUUCAGGGCCAUCAUUCAGUUCCAAUAACCUUGAUUCUCACCCCUCCAGUUUUGUAUAGACUUUUUCGACAUUUCUCUUAUUCCUUUUUUAGGUCUCAUUCCCUUUCCGAUUUUUAUCUCCAAAAUGUACAUAUGUGUUGAGUACCUUUGUCAAUAAUUGAGUAUCUUCUAUUCAUUUUUAUUUUUAUUAUUAAUUUUUGUUUCUGUUUUUUCUGGAGGAAUGUAGUGACACUGUUUGUUUGUACAUAUAUGUACUUGGUGCUACCUCUCUUUUUUGAAUAGCAUCAGCUUCUGAUUUGGUGUGUGGUUUGGGGGAGGAUGGAAAGGACUCGAACCUUCUGGUUCAUCAGUGGAACUCCUACUCUAUAUAUGUUGGAUGCAAUUACUGUCUAAA